ACGUUCAGGGUGGAGGGACUUGGCUUGUGAGUGGAGACCUGUUCGACUCCGGGACUGAAGCACGUUUUUUGUCUGAAAAGCAAAGGAUGUCAACGAGCCGAUUUCAACACGAGGAUGUUAAACUGCUGGGUGAUGUUACCUCUGUAUGUUCUUUGAAGCUUCACUGAUAGUUCGGACACGUUGCGAUGAAAGGGGUGGGGAUGGGAGUCGUGAGACUACCUGUCGUCUUCCCUCCGCCGAACACAAAGCAUGCUCGUUAUGGCUGCACCGGACCUGAAAGAUAGCUUGUAUACGGUUGGUAUCAGGGUGCGUUGUGUUCGGGGGAAGACGGCGACACUCGCCGCACACUCGAAUUGACAAAGUGUUAUGAUAAACCCAUAAUACUUUUCUGAUUUACGUUGAUGGACGUGGCUGUCCUUUGGAAGGAACGAUUUUUUUUAUUUUUUUUAUUUUUAUUUUUUUUUGGAACGAUAUUUUCACCGAGAUUGGUGAGUAGUAUCGGGUCUUUGAAUCGUCGUUCGUGGAUGAGAGGAAGACACAAUCAUCUGGAUGAAACUGCUUGAGCAGCAGUGCUUUCUGUAAUCGUUUAGUGACCAUUUCUUCAGCGGGUUAAACAAAAAAAAAAAAAAGAAGGGAAAGAAAAAAAGGAGGUGGUGGACACGUAGAGCGGAAGAGAAGCUGGGCCGUGUGGGAGCAUAAUCAGCAGAUGGCAGACGACGCAAGCUCUCAGGCGACGGCUUUGCUGCGCGAUAUCCUUCGUGUGUUAAUUGCCUCCUCAGUCGGUUCGGUAUCCCUGGGGCUGCGCGUGCUUCACGCCUCUGUCGUGGGCAGGAGGCCGGGACACGGAACAACAUCAAGGCCACGUACGACGAAUGUGGCGGGGACACAUGACCGGCUGGCCUCGAGAGCGGCCGGCUCCCCCGGCUGUGUUGUAUCUGAUGUGCUGACCUUUGAGUUCUGCAGGGGCACGGAGCGCGGGAAAGGCGGAGAGAAAUUGGCGGGAACCGUGUCGAAAAGGAGCCCUGGCGGGAAGAAGAAGGAUGCCUCCUCCUCGGGAGCGGCCUGCUCCCCCGGCUGUGUUGUAUCUGAUGUGCUGACCUGUGAGCGUUGCAGGGACAAGGAGCGCGGGAACAGCGGAGAGGAAUUGGCGGGAAACGUGUCGAAAAGAAGAAGCCAUGGCGGGAAGAAGCGUGAACUGCGCGCUUGCCCUGACGUGGCCGACAAAGAUCAUGCCACGUGUCAGGAAGAAGCCUUGUCUGGUGCCACCGUGGCUGCCGAAAAGAGCGGCGAUACGUCGCCAGAAUUCCAGCUGUACGAGGGGGUAGUGAGCCAUCAUCGGUCGUUGCCCGUUGGGCAUUCCUUCCGCUAUUCUGUGAGGUACGCGCUAAUCGAUUUGGACAAGCCUCCAGCUUGGUUUGUGCAGUCGUCUGCAGGUCAGCAUCUGACGGCCUGUCAAGCGCGAGAGAUAGCUGGGACGCAUGGGAGGGUCCACCUGCUCACUAGCCCCGUAAGUGUGGGCUAUGAACAGAAUCCCAUUAGCGUCUAUUACUGUUAUGACAAGAUUGGCCACGAUGAUGAUGAUGAUGAUGAUGAUGAUGAUGAUAAGGAUUAUGAUGUGAGGCGGAGAGAGAGGGAAGAGGAGGAAGAGUGUAAGAGAGGAGAGGGGAGGGAGAAUGCCUAUGGUGCUGGGGAUGAUGAUAAGGAUGACGGUGUGAGGCGGAGAGAGAGGGAAGAGGAGGAAAAUUUUAAGAGAGGAGGGAGGAGGGAGAAUGCCUGUGCUGCUGUUGUUGAUGCUGGGAAUGGUAAUAGUGAUGAUGAUGAUGAUUAUAAGGGUGAUGAUGUGAGAUGGAGAGAGAAGGAAGAGGAGGAAGAAGAUAGGAGAGGAGGAAGGAGGGAGAGUGACGAUGGUGCUGUUGUUGGUCCUGCUAAUGGUGAUGGUCAUGAUGAUGAUUAUAAGGGUGAUGAUGUGAGCUGGAAGGAGAGGGAAGAGGAGGAAGAAGAUAGGAGGAGAGGAGGAGGAAGAGGAGGAGGAAGAGGAGGAGGAGGGAGGGAGAAGGAAAUGGAUAGUGGAUUGGGGGGGCGAAGCAGCUAUGGAACACCAGAUUACACCAAGCAUGGUAGUAAAGCCCAUAAUAAGCUGGAGCCGCAGAUGUGUAUUGCGGAGGUGACCAACACCCCGUGGGGAGAGAGGGUGGUGUUCCCCUUUUGUCCGCGGGGGGACUCGCUGCCUAAGCCUCUCCACGUCAGCCCGUUCAUGGAUAUGGCGAGUAGCUGGGAGGUGAAGGCAAGUCCGCCGGAGAAGAGUCUGCAUGUCACGUUCAACGUCCGGCAUCCGGAGAAAGGACUCUACUUCAUAGCAGAUCUUCGCCUAAAAAGGGUACCAACAAGGGGGAGAGAAGCAGCGGGAGUAGGACGUAUCUGGACUGCUUUUCCCGAAUGGUUCCUUUGGCUUAUGCCCCACCGAGUUGCCGUAGGCAUUUAUUGGCAGGCCUUUCGUCUCUGGUUAAAGGGGGUUCCUUUCUUUCCGCACCCCAAGUACCAGCCAUCCCCGUCCGACCCCACGUUGGGAAAGACCCCCGCGCACAGAAAUACGGAGUACAGGACGGUGGUGUUGAAAAGAGAUGAGAGAGAGAGGCAGCAGGGAGGGACAGAGAGAACUGGGAGAGAGAGGUGGUGUGUACCACAUAGAACGCCGAAAGACGACGGCGGAGACGACAGAAUGCGGAAUGUCAGCGGGGCUUCCGCGGGCGGCAGGCGAACCGAUGGUGAACUGCUAGGUGGAAAUGCGAGUGUACGAGAUGGGGGGGAGAAUUGGGAGAAAGAGGUGGAGAUAAGCAAUGGCUCUACCCGUAGUAAUCAGGAGGGGAUUAGUUCAAGCACUACAGACCAAAGGACCGGAGUCUGUCCGUCGGGGGUGAUGAGGAGCAAUGAAGGAGGAGGAUGGGAAGUGGCCAGGACAGCGCACCAAGGACGUGUGCUUUACAUGUGGAGAGACGCACAGUCGGCUGAGUGGCUGUGAUCUGUUUAUAACCUUGUUUUUGUUUUUUGAAUUAAAAAAAAAAACUUCCUUCGUUGUGCAGCAGAUUAUAACAGAGGCUCGGCUUG